UUUUUUUUAGUCAUUAUGCCGCGGUACUAUCCCAAACAAGAGAAAAUUGUUGAUUUCGACAACAUUUUGGAGGCGAUCAAGUCGGUGAAAAUACAUCACAACAGCGUUCGACAAUCUGCGACGGCACACAAAAUUCCGAGGACCAACCUGAUGCGUUAUAUUGCAGCAUUUGAUGGUGCGAGCAUCGACGUUACUACUGCCAAUGCCGAUGUAAUGAAGAAUUUGCUGGCUGAAAGCACGACGAUGGGCACAAAAACAAUCUUCAACAUCGAACAAGAGAAGGCGCUGAUAAGCUACAUUCUCCAGGCCAGCGACAUCAACUAUGGAAUUAGUUUGAUGGAGCUUCGUAUGCUCGCGUAUGAAUUUGCUCGGAAAGUUGGCGCGUCGUAUCCGGAUCCAUGGAACGACAAUCAACAGGCGAGUAAGGAUUGGCAGUUUGCGUUCAUGAAACGCCACAAAAAUUUGUCACUGCGAACACCAGAGCAAGUAAGCCAGAGCCGUGUGAAGCGAUUCAACAAAGAGAAUGUCGAUGCAUUCUUUGCCAACCUUUCAUCCGUUCUCGGUAAGACGCCGUUUGAACCUCACCAAAUAUGGAACAUGGAUGAAACCGGGUGCCCGACCGUGCCAAUCAGACCUGUCAAAACCAUCGCGCGCAAAGGACAAAAGCAGGUCGGCUCAUCAACAUCUGCCGUCAGCGCUAGUGGCCAGUCUAUACCGCCAUUCUUCCUCUUUCCCCGAGUCAACAUGAAAGAGAUUUUUAUGACUCAUGCGAGUCAUGGCGCUGUUGGUGUUGCGAACGGUUCUGGUUACAUGAACUCUGACGUAUUCCCUCAAUUCAUGCGUCAUUUAUUCAAGCACACCGGUGCUAAUGCCGAUUCGCCAACCAUGUUGCUGCUGGACAACCACGGUUCGCGUUUAUCGAUCGAGGCGAUAGAUUUGGCGUUGGAUCAUGGCAUCACGUUGCUGUCUUUUCCGCCGAAAUGCACGCACAAAAUGCAGCCGCUAGAUGUUGCGGUAUUUGCACCAUUUAAAGGCAUGAUGACCGUGAAGCAUGAUGCAUGGAAAAAGUCCAACAUUGGUGUCACUUUCGAUCUGCAUCAUGUGCCGCUCCUUGUCGAUCAGUGCCUCGAUGUUAUGUUAACGCCGAAAACCAUCAAAUCCGGCUUCCGAACAACUGGCAUCUACCCGUUCAACCCGCAAAUUUUCACUGAAGUUGACUUUGUCGCUUCGGAACUGAGCGGCGAAAAUUUGUUCGGUGACGAAGAGAAAGGCGCCGAGAAUCAACGUCGAGUUCUUGCCUCUGGUGAUGCCAUUGUGACUGCUGCGAAUGAGGAGGUGUCAACGUCGGUGGCAUCGACAAGUGCCCCAGCUUCAACAAGUGGUGCUGCAUCAUCGUCGUUGUCUCUUGUUUCGGCUCCACAGCUCCGUGAUGCAUUGAAAUCGGUUGGCCCGUUGAAAUUGGGCACACCUGCGCCGAAAUCAAAACGUGGCCGCAAGACAAUGGAGUCAACGAUUUUGACAUCGCCUGAGGUUGUCGCAGAUCUGCGUGACAAGGCCAAAAAAAGCGGCAAAAAUUGACGAAGGCAGCCGGUGAACCAGCAGCCAAG